AUGAACCCCUGCUCCUCCUUCGCGCCGGGCUGCACAUACUCCGCGUACACACCGCCCAGCAGCACGUGCGGCGGCCGCAUCACAUGGCUCAUCAACAACGGCGGCGUCGAAGCGCGCGAGGCCUGCCGCAAAAUCGGUGCGGAGGAGUACGUGAGCGAAUCUCCGGCGCCAUCAGCGCCGUCGACGGACAGCUGGCUCGCCACGGUCGACAAAUUGUUGCGCGACAAGUUGCAGCGAAGCGCCGGCUUGCCCGGCCGCGGCGGCUACCGGCUGAGUGCGGCGGAGGAGUCGGACGCAGGAGAGUCCGUCGUCAUUCAGAGGCGCGUCUCCGGACGCAGGCUGCUCGGGGCUGACGGGGCGACCUCCGACAACCCGGCGCACUUGCUGCACGAUGGGACUCUCUCCAAGGCGGCGCUUUCUCGCUGCAGCGAGCGGGCUGCGGCGCUGCUUCGCAAGCUGGCGGCUGCGAGUCGGAAGGCGCAGCCCUCCACGCGCUCGGACGUGGGGGGGAGGAUGCGGGCAGCCUCGCCGCCGACGCUCGACUCCGGCGCGUCACUGCUCGACUCGUCGGGCGGAUUCGGAGAGUCUGCGACGGUCGUCGGGACGCGCCGGCUCGAAGGCACAAGUAGAGAGCUGAGCGCGGGCGAGAAGCUGGACCGGAUGCUCGUCGCGCUGGAGAUGGAGGUGCCUGCGGGGACGCCGCUCUUCGCCAAGGUUGAGGCAGUCGAGCAGGCUGCCGAGCUCGUCGUCGACAAGGAGAUCGGCCUGCUCGCGCGUGUCGAUGGGCUCUUCGAGGCGAUGUUCGAGGUGCAUCUCGGCGAGGAGAAGGGGGACGGCUCGGCGUACGACGGCGCCUACCUGCCCCGCGAGCGGCUCGACCAUGCGAUGUACUCGCUCGGCAUCGCGUGGGCGGCGUCCGAGUCGCUCGACCAAGACGUGCAGGUUGUCGAGGAGGCGCUCGGCACCGAGAAGGGGCCCGGGACCAAGCUGGAGGAGCGGAUCGACGCCAUCUGCACCGAACUCGGCUUGCCUGAGGGGGCGGACGAGGUCUGAGCCUCUCGGGGCCCGUGCGGCUCCGAGGCUGCGGCUCUGAGCGCUUAAAGCUCGCGGCGGCGGCGGCGGCGGCGGCGGCGGCGGCGGCGGCGGCGGGAGGCAGCCCCUGAGGUUUGCUCUCCACGCGCUGUCCGCCCGGCGCCAACUUAGAGAGCGAGAGGUCGGUGGGGAUACGCGCACUCGCGAGGUGUUCGCUGUGUCGCGCAGGGAAGGGCACCACGUGGGGUGGGGCGACGCCGCUCACGCGGGGGACUCUGCUCAUGCCAAGCUGCAAUAGAUGUGAGAGGAGUCAGUCAGGCGCGGAGCGCCGCGCUGAAGCUUUUCUGUGUAUUUUGUGAGAGCAUUUUGAGCAU